AUGGACCUGGUAGGACCCCUGCCGAAGUCUGCCCGGGGACAUGAAUAUAUCUUGGUCGUUGUGGAUUACGCUACGAGGUAUCCGGAAGCUUUACCACUACGGAAGGCCACGGCUAAAGCAGUAGCCAAGGAACUCUUUAUGAUGUGCAGCCGCGUGGGUAUUCCCACGGAAAUUCUGACUGACCAGGGAACUCCGUUCAUGUCCCAGCUGACGGCAGACCUCUGCCACCUCUUCGAGGUGAAGGACGUCGGUAUACCUUCCUCAAAUGGAUGGACUUGUGGAACGGUUCAACCAAACCCUAAAGAGGAUGCUCCGCAGGGUGGUGGCAGAGAAUGGGCGCUCUUGGACGUCGCCCGGGACGCUUGGGACCAUCAACCAGCACCGCAUCGCAGCAUGGUGGAACACAUCCAACAGAUGAGAUCCCGGAUAGACAGAGUGAUGCCCUUGGUAAAGCAACACCUUGUCGAGGCCCAGCGCGCCCAGCAAAGGGGGUAUGACCGGCCUACCCAACCUAGGGAGUUCCAGCCAGGAGACCGGGUGUUAGUACUGACCCCAACCGCCACGUCCAAGUUCCUGGCAUCCUGGAAAGGACCCUACACGGUGGUGGAGAGGGUAGGACCAGUCAAUUAUAGCCUCCGUCAGCCGGGAUGCAGACGGGAGGUACAGCUGUACCACGUCAACCUCCUAAAGAGAUGGAUGGCAUCCCCAACGCAGAUGGCGGCGUUCGCGGAAACCGAAGCACCAGUCUUACAAAUGGGAGAACAUCUGUCCCCCGUCCAGAAACAAGACAUCCAGUACCUGGUCAGUCAGUUCAGAGACGUGUUCUCGGAAAAGCCCGGGCAGACUCGGAUAAUCCAGCACGAGAUCCGCACGCCACCGGGGGUUGUGGUGAGACAGCGUUCCUACCGGGUGCCAGAGACUCGUCGACUGGCUAUAGAAAAGGAGAUCAAACGGAUGAAACUGCUUGGAGUUAUAGAGCCCUCCCGUAGCCCGUGGUCUAGCCCCAUCGUGAUGGUUUCCAAACCAGAUGGCAUUCUCCGCUUCUGCAAUGACUUCCGUCGGGUCAACGAAGUAUCCACCUUCGACGGCUAUCCGAUGCCCCGGGUGGAUGAUUUACUGGACCGGCUAGGAAAAGCAAGAUACAUCACUACGCUGGAUCUCACAAAAGGGUACUGGCAGGUGCCCCUAGCUCCAGAAGCCCGGGAGAAGACGGCGUUUAGCACCCCCUCUGGACACUGGUAGUAUACAGUUCUGCCGUUCGGUCUACAUGGGGCACCUGCCACAUUCUAGAGGAUGAUGGACAUUUUGUUACGGCC